UCAAAGUUAUCAGCUUAUCAUCUGAAUUCCUUUUUCACGUAAAAAUAUUAUAAUAUUGUUAAUAACAGUGAUUUUGAAGUAUAUAUUUAGUGUAUAAAUAUGAUGCGACAUCAGUACUGGGUAACCAAAAAGACUGUUUUGAAAAAACUAGGAACUAAAGAAGAUGAAUGUAUAGUUGCCUCGGAUGCCGAACUCGACGCGAAAUUGGAGUUAUUUCGAUCAAUAUCGGACAGUUGUUUGCAGUUACAGAGAGUUUUAGAUCAGUAUCAAGAACGCCUGUGUAUCUUGGCCCAGGAGGAGAACAGUUUAGGGAAGUUUUUACGCGAUGCGGGGAAGAAUGCUGACGCGUCAGGAAAACAUAUGGUAUCAGCUGGCAAAGCUAUUUCUUAUUGUGGUCAGCAACGAUUGUCGGUGAGAGGGCCUUUAUUGAGGCUUUACCACGAAGUAGAAACGUUUAGAUGUCGGGCAGUGAGCGAUAUGCGGUCUACUGUGUCUUCCAUGGAGAAGGCUCGUAUUGAGUAUCGCGCGGCGCUGAGUUGGAUGAAGUCUGCGAGUACUGAGCUAGAUCCCGACACAGGACGUGGUCUCGACAGCUUCCGGAAGGCACAGCGACAAGUGCGCGAGAGCAAAAAACUGUUUGAUAAGCUCACAUUAGAUGUGUUACAAAAGAUUGACCUGUUAGCAGCGGCGAGAUGUAACAUGUUCUCCCAUGUCCUGACAAACUACCAGAGUUCCUUCCUAAACUUUGCAUCGAGAGUAGUUCAAACAUUGAUAUCAACAGCUGAUUCUAUGAACACUGCACCACAAUACGAAUUUUGUAUCCUGAAAGAGCUUUCUCAAAACUUAGGAGAGGGAGAAGCUGAAGGGAAGAAAGAAGAGAUUGUGCCACAAGACAAGGACCAAAUGUUGUUUUUCCAGGAUGAAUAUAAAGACGACAAACCAGUCAACAGUCAAAAGCCAAAUACAACAGAACCAUUGCAAAACAAAGAGAACCCACCGUCCAGUGAAAAUAAAGAUACGUCAGAACCCACAUCAUCUGUUAAUCUGAUAGACACAAGUCUAUUUGAUACUGAAGGAGCCAGUAAUGGUGCAGGCAUCAGUUCGGAUUUAGCCGGGCUACGCUUAGACUGCGGCAAUAUGCCGUCCAACUUCGGGUCUUUUAUGCCUUCUCAACUGUUACAGGAUCUAAAUGUUACGAGUCUCUUUAAUGAAACAUUGGCGCCAGCUCCUGAUGCUUCGUCAUCUCCCAAAUCUCCCAGACCAGAGUCAAAGCCUGUAGGAGCUCCUAAAAGAGAAGACAAGGCAGCCUGGUUCAAGCUGUUUGCCGAAUUAGAUCCACUGGCCAACCCUGACAACAUUCCUGGUGCCACCACCAAUCAGAGCCAUGCUGCUUAAAGUAAACAACUUUCAAAUAAGCAUUCCAUUUUGUUAUAUUUAGCAUACAUAGAAAGCCUAAUUACUAUAAAAUAUGCUCACUGACAAAGAUAUAAUUAUUCCUUAUAGUUUCUUAUGCACCAUUGUAUUGUUAUUGUCAGUUAUCAUAGAUAUAGAGACUAUGACCUCUAAACGACGUAAGGGUAUAAAUAUAAUAGUGUAAACGUUUAUAUCUAUAUAUCCAUGACCUAUAUUUGACUGUUGUGUGUUUUGUUACGUAUCCGUGCUAUCACGUUUACACGAUCGAUGAUUGCAUUGAUCGUUAGUUUUGCAGGUUCUAAUGGACAUUGCUCGACACAUAGGGCUAUUAAUUCGUGAGACUACAUCCUAGUAACUGAAUCUUAAAUAAAUCAAUUAUUAAGUAAUAAAAUGAAAAUAAUAUGAUUGUCUACCUGAUACGACACGAUUCGUUUAUAAAAAAACAUCAUAGAAAGAAAAAGGAAAGAGAGGAAGGGGUAGCCUUAGGAGAACAUUUAUGAAACAAAUUAGAGAAAGGUGCAGGUCGUGUCGUAUCAGGAGGUGAAGGAUUUGGCGGGAAGAAGAAAGGAAUGGCGAUUACUCCACCGACAAGAGCGCAGCUCUUAAAGAAAGAGAAUAAAAUUAAGUCCAUCUGAGGUUACUCUUAGUAUUCGAUCAAACUCUGCCAAGCUGAUUCAGGCGAACAAAACUUAAUUUUAAUUUAGUGUGACCAUUUUAAGAAUAGUGCUGUCCUUUGCUUAAAAUAAGUACAAGAAAGAGAUAGAGCCAAUUAUGGAGUCGGCUAACGAUCAUUGAUGUGUAAUAAAUAGUAAUAAUGUUACUAUAGUACAAAGACAAAGAUUUCUGAAUACCAAGAUCAUUGUCUACCAUCGAUCAUUGUUACCAAGAUCAAUCGCGAAAGCCAGAAUAUAGAAAAAAGAACAAUAUUAAGUUUUGUGUGACAAAAUCGGCGCCAUUGACGAUCGUCCAUUAAAACCGAUUCAAUAUCCAUAUCAUUGGUCGUGUAGAAUUGAUAUCACUAUUAUUGUAUCCGUUAUGUGCCAGGGUGUACCGUGUAAGAACUAUAAAGUAUUUUAUUUAUAUAAGAAUCGUAAUAUAUAAACUUGUGUAUCCGCCAGCCUAGUUAGUUAGUUCGGUAAAGAAACAUGCCCUGCAAUGAAACUGGCUAGAUAUAUUUUAUUUCUUGCGUACUUAAGUUCGUAAUUGUACUAGUCAUAAAGAUCUGUAUUUUAUUUCUUUAUUAUAUUUUGAAUUAGGACUUCUUUUUUACAUUGAUGUCUCGCGUUUGUAUUGAAUUAAAAUUUUAGGAUAAAUAUAAUAUAUUUUAUUUUCUAUAAAUGAUAAUGUGUAAUGGUAAAGUAAUGAACGACUUAUUGUAUUGAGCGUACAACUGUCCUGACAUCUUCGACAAUAAUAUUGUCUGUUAUUUUCUUUUAUGUGUAAUCAGUCAUUUAAUAUAAUUUUCUAAUUUAAAAGUAUUUACAUACAUUCCUAGUCGCUUGAAUUUACCAUAAACCAAAGAUGAACUACGAGUUUACGACCAAAGAUUUUAUUUAGGAGUAUUUUAUUC